AUGUCGUCGUAUUAUCCCCCUCCUGCACCUGAAGGUGGUCAACAGCCCUUGUAUAAUGCUCCACCUCCUGAUGGUGGUUACUACCAACCAGCACCUCCACCACAAACGAUCAUUGUCCAACAGCCUGAAGAAAAGUCGAGUGAUCACGGUUGUUGUCUUGGAUGCUUGGCUGCCAUUUGCAUUUGCUGUGCCAUUGAUGAAUUCUGUUAG